AACAGAAAAAACAGAGUUCCUCGUCAAAAUGAAAUCACAUGGAGGUGCUCGCGUGCUCACAUGACAGCUCGAGACAUGGCAGGAGAGAUCAAUGAAGGUUCUGUUCCUGCUUAUUACAAAGAAGUGUACGAGGCCGUUCGAUGCAGGACAGAUGAGAAAAUACAGCUGGAAGUUUUUCAGAGGCUCCUUCAGAGGACGGAUCUGUCCAAGGCGGCUCUGAAGCAGAUUGCAGAGCAUGUUGACUCCGCGGAUGGAUUCCUGAGCAAACUGUCCUUCUAUAAAGCGCUGGCUUUGAUAGCUCUCGCUCAGCAAGGGAAGCAACCGACUCCCAAACUCCUGGCAAACUGCAUACAGGAGUUCCCCAAACCUCAUCUGGGGGAGCCGAGGGAGCUGAGCGCUCUGAGGAUGCAGCCGGCUCAGGACGACGCGCUGACCGUUUCACAGACGCUGGACAAACUUCUGUCCAGAGACACGGUCCAGGUGGAGCUCAUUCCUGAGAAGAAGGGCCUCUUCCUCAAACACGUGGAGUACCAGGUCACCAGCCAGCGUUAUAAAAUGUCAGUUUACAGACGGUACAGUGAUUUUGACGUCUUCCAUGAAGUUUUGCUGCAGAGGUUUGCCUACAGAGUGGUUCCAGCUCUGCCACCGAAAAGGAUGUUAAAAGGAGUCUUGACCUCCGUCUCUGAGCGCGAGUUCAUCGAGGGGAGGAGACGAGCUCUCGGCAGAUUCAUUAACCUGGUGGCUCGACAUCCCCUCUUCUCUGAGGACGAGCUGGUGAAGACCUUCCUCACCUUCAGUGGCUCCGAUGUCCAGACCAAGCUGCGGGACACUUGUAGGAAAAUGGGUGAUGAGUUCAUGACCAACAGGACUGCAGCCCAAGCUAAGGAAUAUCUCCCAGCAGACAUUCAGGCUCAGUUUUCAGCGAGCAGAGAACUGAUCAGAAACAUCCACAACAGCUUCCAAAGACUGCGGGACCGAGCGGAGAAAAUGGCCGAACGCUCCAAGGAGAAUGCGACGGAUCUGCUCAUGUUUGGUCGGGAGCUGAGCACUCUGGGCUCGGAUGCGUCGCCUCUUCCCUCCUUGGCCUCGUCACAAAGCACCUGGGGGGCCUUGCGUCACUCUCUGAAGAACCUGUCCGUGGAGUUUUCUGUCUUAUCUGACAAAGCUGCUCAGCAGGGCAGACGGGAGGAGGACGAUGUUGUGGAGAAACUCAACUUCUUCCUUGAUUUGCUUCAGUCCUACAGGGAUCUCUGCGAGCGUCACGAGAAGGGCGUUCUUCACGAGCACCAGAAAGCCCUGCACAAGUACAGCGUGAUGAAGAGGCAGAUGCUGAGCGCCACGGUGCAGUCCAAAGAGCCAUCAUCUGUGGAGCAGCUGGAAUCACGGAUCGUUCAGCAAGAAAAUGCCAUUCAGACCGUGGAGCUGCGCAACUACUUCUCCCUGUUCUGCCUUCAUCAAGAGACGCAGCUCAUCUUCACCUACCUUCCAGUCACUUCCCACAUCCUCGGGGCUUUCGUUAACUCCCAAGUCCGAGGGCACAGAGAGAUGGGAGAAGUGUGGAAUGAGCUCCAGCCAAAACUCGGGUUUCUGUUUGGUGGUAAAAAUGGGCCAAAGCCUCUCGUUUGAAACCUGAAGACACAGGAGGAGAAAGAAACACCGACACAU